GGACGCCCACCCAUAUCAUAUUUCAGUCGCGGCCUCCCUGGUACGUACCUGAUAAUAAGAAGAGUCAGGAUCGGAAAGGCUCUAGUACGGCUCUGCUGCUGCUGCUGCUUUUGACUCUAACCACUCCCGUGUCAACCCCUCCUCUCCAUCUCCACUCUUUCUACUUAUCACUCUCUCACGCUCUCCCUCACCCUCUCCCUCACUCUCUCCCUCACACCUUUAAUUCAACACCCCUCUGCACUCCCAUCACCCUCAACUAAAAGACGCUCGACUUAUUCAAAGAAGGAACGAUCGAAAAACACACACACACCGAACUCGGUCGUCCAUGUCCACUUUCUUUUGACAUCUGGCAUUCAAUACCAUCCAAACACAUAUUGAAACAUCUGGCUGGCCAUUUGCACUGCGUCUCCCAACAUCGACCAUUUCAAUCUCACCUCCCGGAGGAUCCACCGACAACGAAUACAGACAGCCUUGUCGUUGCGUUUCACCAUCUCAUUCUGAACACCUUCGUACAAUCAAUUUCAUAUUUAAUUUCCACAAAUCCCGAACUCUCAAACACUUUCUCGAUAGCUCCGUUCAGACUUUCCAAAGUCUCGACAGCUCAAAAUCCACAGGAUGUCUCAUCAAGUGAACAUUCACAUCCGCCACAAACCAGUCGAAUUAGAUGAGGACUCGCUACCUUGCGGCGAGAGAUUGAUCAAUCUCGACCCGACACGAACGGUACUGCAAAUAGGCAGAGCUUCGAAGAGUCCUAGCAAAGGCCUCUCGGGUGCUGUCGACAAUGCCUGGUUCGAUAGCCCAGUCAUGUCUCGAAACCAUGCCGAGAUUAUCUACAGUCCUUUGGACAAUGUCGUUCGAAUCCGAGACUUGGGUUCAAUGCAUGGUACUUUUCUGAACGGAAAAAAGUUGGGAGGAGACGCCAAAUCUCUCAACGCAAAUGAUGAAAUUGUCUUUGGUAUUGGUGUGAAACGUGGUAUGGAUCUGUUCCAACCAUGUCAUUUUGAGGUCAACUAUGAAGUCAUUCCAUGGAAGAGACCUAAUAGCUACACGGUACCCGACUCCUCCGAUGAAGAAGACGACGAAGACGAAGGUUGCCAUUUUAAUGAUACAGAAAUGUCUGAAGGAGCUUCCAGUCCGAAUGAUACAUCUAUCGAAAUGACUCGCUCUAGCCCCGCUACAUCUAAGACUAUUGAUGCUAUCGACCUGACUUUGAACGAUACUCCAAGCCCUAGAUUGAAGCCGACUGAGCCUUCUCGUGUUCCGACAAACGAAAGAGCUGAGGAAGACGAGUACACUCCCAAGUCACCAGUCUUAGAUGGCAUCGUGGGAGAUUCUCGCAAUGGUGCAAGACCAAACACAAAUCCACAACAAAAAGCUGACCAUCCUCAAAAGGCGUCCAAAUCUUUCACAUACACUUUCGAUUACGAUAGCAAUGAAGACGAAGAUGAAGAGAUGCUUUCAACGCCAUCUGAAUCCGAUGAUUCUGAAAUGGAAAACUCAUCUGAACUAGAAGGUUUUAGGGGAUUUGAGGAUUUACCUUCUGAUGAUGUCAAUGGUGAAGAUAUCAACGAAGAUGAAUCGAUGUCCGACGAAUCGGAGGAAUCAGAGGUUCAAGUUCUGCUAACUGAAACUCGUGAAGCACUUAAGGAGAUUCUACCUUCAUAUCCUUCACUAGAUUCGGAUUCAUCGCAUGCAUCUUCUCCUGCUCCUCAGGCCACCCUCGCUCAGACUCUUUCACAGGGUGGCGUCACCAAUUCCCGAACUCCAUUCGACGACAAUGUGGACAUUCCUGAAUCUCAUAUUCGAACUCAGAUUCAUACUUCUGACGAGGUUAUCGCUCUCGAUGAACAGAACAACGAUGAUGAAGAUGAAGCCGAUGAUGACGAUGAUCGAAGUGUUGGACUUUCCGAAGCUGCUAAUGAAGGUUUACAAACAUUAUACAAAGACGGUUUACUCAAGAAAGAACCAGCCUGCAACCCCACUCAUCUUAUCGAUGGACCUUACGAUGAAUUCGCCAAGUCCAAGUCCAACAUCGAGAGCUACUAUGCCACUUGUACUCCUACCUAUGAUGCUUCACCUUUCGGCUACUACAAUUCUCACAUAAACCGUUCUUCGAUUUCUGCUCGCCAAUGCGGAAACUCUCCCAACGAUUAUUAUUCUUUCGCUAAACCUAGAUCACCUUUUGCUUCUUAUUACGGUCGAGAGGCAAGCCCUUCGUCAGUAGCAAUGGCUAGACCGCCUUACCCAGAGAAGUAUGGCGGUCAAACUCGCGAAACCUUAUCUGUCAAAACUUUGGGUGAUAAAACUGGCAAGCACGCUUUCUUUGAAGCCAGAGAAGAAAACAAAGUACAAUUUCAAUCCCAUGUUGAUGAUGAAGAAACUCAAUUCUCUCCAUUAUCAAUGACAAGACCAAUCCGGGCUCUCAAAACCGCAAAGCCCUUGGCUAAAUUUGUACAACCUAUACUACCAGUUAAAUAUCACGGCAAUGGCAUCGAUCAUGGUUUCGUAAUCAACGAUCGCCCUGUUUCUAAUCUUGAAUCGUCCCAGAAUCGACCUUCGAUCCAUCCCUAUUACUUCAGUUCAGACGCCUCAUCAAGAGCUUUAGAGAGUCCAGUCUUAGAAAGACAUCCCACUAGAUCUGGUCUAAGUAUUGACGAUAUCAUCGACAGCUCUUCAGUAGGCAAGAAGAGAAAGGCCGAUGAGAUUUCCAACGAUGAAUUAGUCAAAAACGAGGUUCGAGACUGGGUUUCUGGUGUCAACGAGUUUACAAAGUCCCAAGCUGCUAUGGUUACACGGGAAGAAACUACUGUCCCUGAAUCUACAACUCAAACCAUCCACCACGCCCAAAAGGUUCAAUCGGAUGUGCAACUGGCCACAGCCAAUGCUGCAAUUCAACAAAAUAAGCUUCCAGUCUUGGCUGCUACUACAACUGGUCCUGAACAUCGACCAGUUAAGAGACUCAAGAUGAGGAAGUUUGUCGAAGCUAUAGGAUACUUUGCACUCGGAGGAGCUGCUGUUGGUGCUGGUUUGUUUUCGGCACUUGUAGCAACAGCUCCAGAUUUUGUUUAAGCUCAGCAAGGAAUAUCAAACCAAGCUGAAUUUACAAUAAUUGCUACUCUUACAACAUGACGGUAAUUUAUCGAGAACUUGUGAAACGGACGGAUAAUGGGAAUAGAAAUGGGUAUCGGGGAAAUAACGAAAGGGGGGAUAUUAUAACACGGUAUUGAUGAAAGAAGCGUCGAGUGCACUUCUUAUUCUACCGAAUCUACGACUGGUUAAUGUGUCUAAAUAUUGACAAAGGAUAUAUGCCGCGUUUUGAACAUUGCGUGGUUGGCGUUUGAGGGACUAGCGUGAUGAUUGUCAAUUUGUUUAUGAGGAUAGUGGAAUGGAUGGAUUGGGUUGCGAUGGAUAAACGAUUUCUUUUGUUGAUUGUGGAAUGGAUAGGAGAGUUUUUUACAUCACAACAUACAUUAGGCACUUCUUUUCUUCUCAUUUAUGUUUUGUUUAUUGGCUUUGGUUUUUACAAUGAUGCGUAUGGAUAGGGGGUAGUUGGGAGUUAGUUGGGACAACUAGUAGCUGGGUAGUCAUGAAACAUAAAUAUGCUGGGGUGAUUAAAUAUGAAUAGGAAAUACCA